UCCAAAGUUUCCACAAAUGGCACGAGAGAGGAGUAUAAGCUUUAUCGGUACGAAGACACUUGUGUUCGAUACGCUCCGAGGAACGGUCGCUCGCCUCUUCCACAGUAUCCCAGAAUGUGGACAAAAAGAAAGUUCAAAAUUAUCGCCGUCUUCGGCAUGGUCGUCGUUUACAUUUGGCUAACUUUGCUGAUGCUGAGCGGGCCAAAGACGUCUGUCUUCCUUCGUAAUCUUGAAGCUCUGGUCCACGUCACCAACAAUGUUUCUUCGGAAGAGCCUAACAUGGAGGAAAUUCUUUUCGUUCCGCCUACUCUGUCUCCCGAGGAAAAGAUCAGGAGAGUCGAGAAGGCAAGCAGAAAUCUCCCUAUAGGAUUCGCGGAGCGCAGUCACGGGAAGAAGAAGAUGAACAACUCCUGUGCUCACUUCCCAUCUGUAUACGACAUCCACUACAACAACAUGUACUGGCAGACCGUGACAACAUCUAAUGGGAAAUUCCACUUGUAUGGCGCCUACUAUGACAACCGCACUUUGGAGCCUGACAGACCGGUUGUGCGCAUGACCGCCAUUAUCAACCGCGUCGGGGAGUUUGCCCAGACCAACUGUCAGAUCUGGUUCGAGGGCUUGGACAAACCUGUUUUUAGCGAGGCUUCGCGUGUUCUUGUUUGGUACAAGGAAUGGGGACAUUAUAACAACCACGAUCUAAAUCCGUAUAUUAUUACCUGUAAGAUCCCAGCCUCUCACCGAGACCUGGUUCCUCAGGCUGUGUCCCUGGUAGAGAGGCCUUGUGACUACGCUACCAAUCUCUUGAAAGUUAUCUACAACCUCCCGGAUGACGGUCAGAAGGAAGGCUUUGCCGUGUGUGUCAAAGGAUCAGAAUUUUACACCGGAGACUUGACGGUGCGCAUAAUAGAGUGGCUCGAGCUGCACUUCGCCAUGGGAGCCAACAAGAUCUUCUACUAUGAUUUUGGCAUGAAUCGCAGGCUGACCAAAACGAUGGAAUACUACACUAAGAAAGGUUUGGUUGAGGUCAUCCCACUGACUCUGCCUGACGAUCAGCCCAACAUCCCUGGCCUCGUUUACAAAUACCUGGACGCAAAGUUCAAAUACCAGCAUGAAGUUAUUCCCUACAACGACUGCUAUUAUAGAAACAUUUAUCGGUACAGAUACACAGUGCACGCUGACCCUGACGAAAUUAUCAUACCUCGCAACGCUAACUCGUGGCACGAACUCAUGGACAUUAUCGUAAAAAAGUCCAAAAAAGAUAAAGUACUUUACACCUCCUACUCCGCCCCUCACACCUUUUAUAUGGACGAAAUGCUCCCUCCCGAAGGCUAUUUUAAAGACAUACCCAAGUACAUGCACAUCAUGCAACACGCUUAUCGGUCUGCCAACUACACACCAGCGGGAGCGAGCAUCAAGUGCUUCCACGACACUGAGAGGGCGCUGGGACUUCACAACCACUUUCCAAUCCAUUGUCUCGGCGGGAAAUACAACUGUCGCUCAUACUACAUCAGUCCCGAAGAUGCCCAGAUGCAGCACUACCGAAAAACGUGCCAAGGUUUCGUCCAGAAAUGCUAUGAAACGUACAAAAAGAACACGGUUCUUGACCCUACAGCCUGGAAAUUCAAAGAUGAAGUGAUAGCAAGAGUGAACCGAACCCUAGCAGCUUUGAAUUACUUCAGAAACUCUCCCUUAUAAUGUACCUGGUGAAUAUUAUAUACAUUCUUACCUUCCCUGUACAGUUUGACUAGUUAUUGUACGAAUGCAUGUCUAAGCGACCAUAGGAACAGUGUCUUUAUGCUGCAUGGUGUAUGUUCGCUUAAACAUAUGUGUAUACAUGUAUACAUAUAUAAACUUAUAAGAGUAUAUGAGAAUUUAUGUAAGAUCAGCUCACUCGAUAGAUCUAUAUAUAUAGUUGUAUGUUUACAUUUUUAUUGAUAUUGUCGUUGCAAACGAAUGUAUUUGUAUAUAAAUAUAGUAAGGUAAAAUGCA